GUUUAUCGCGCUUGUCUCUCUAACACUCGGCACGUCGUGACCAACAAAGUGUCAAACUCCUGUUUAGCAGACAGGACACAAAGGGCGCGAGACCCUGUUGACGGUGUCGUGAAGAAAUGGCGGGAGUCAACCUGAAGGGCGGCAGCUCGGGCGGCCCUGCUCUGGCGCCGCUGCUGCUCGUCGUGCUGCUGGCCUCAUGCGGCGCUGCGCUCGCAGCUCGCGACCUGCUGCAGUCGGCGCCCGCCUCCGGCGCCUCCGCCACCGCCUCCGCGCAAGCCGCGGCCAUUGCGAGCGCGCUGAGCGGCGGCAACAGCAACGCGGUCGCGCAGGCGAUUGCGAAGGCGGCGGCAUCAUCGCCCGCCGCCGCGGGAACGGCGCUGGCCCAGGCCCUGGCCCAGGCUACUGCCAGUGCCAGUGGCGGCGGCAGCGCCAGCGCUGGCAGCAGUGCCGGCGCCAGUGCCGGCGGCGGCCGCGGCAACACCUCCGCGGUCGCCUCGGCCCUGGCUCAGGCGGUGGCGCAGGGCGGCAGCUCCGCAGCCAACGCCGUCGCCAGCGCUGUGGCGCAGUCCGUGGCGCAGGGCAACACCACCAGUGCCGCCACCGCCAUCGCGGCGGGCGCGUCCGCCGGCGGCGCCGCCGCAAACGCCACCGCUACUGCCGUCGCUCAGGCGGUGUCGUCGGGCGGCGCUACUGCCAGCUCCGCAGCUCAGGCCAUAGCACAGGCCUACUCCCAGGGCAACGGCACCGCCGUGGCGAGUGUGCUGGCCCAGGCUCUGUCACGUGCCGAGGCCGGCGGCAACUCCUCCGCCGCCGCCUCGGCUCUUGCGCAGGCGGCGGCGGCGGGCGGCAGCGAGGCGGCGGCGUUCGCGCAGGCCGCCGCCAGCGCCGUCGCAUCGGGCGGCUGUGGGGCUCUGGACCAGUCAUUGGCACAGGCACAGGCGACCGCCGCCGCAGAGGGCAGCGGCAACGCAGCCGCCUUUGCGCAGGCCUAUGCCCAGGUCCUGGCCAAGUGUCCCAACAUCACCACGCCCUCGCCCGUGCCCACCGCUGGCCGCCCUUCAAGUGUGUCGCCAUCACCAUCGCCGUCCCCAUCUCCCAGCCCCUCUCCUUCGCCUUCCCCGUCUCCCCGCCCCUCUCCUUCGCCUUCGCCGUCUCCUCGCCCCUCUCCUUCGCCCAGCCCCUCCCCUUCACCAAGCCCCUCCCCGAAGCCGGCCCCCAGCGGCCCAGCCUCCGCCUCCGCCUCUGCCUUUGCGCAGGCUGUAGCUUCCGGCAACAGCAACGCCGCUGCUACAGCCCUGGCGCAGGCGUCGGCACAGGCGGCCGGCGGCGGCAGUGGCGCCAACGCCAUCGCUCAGGCCUUAGCUCAGUCGUCUGCCAGCGCCCCGGGCGCCACUGCAAACGCCAUCGCUCAGGCCCUGGCCCAGGCCCAGGCCUCGGGUAACGCCAACGCGGUCGCCUCGGCCCUGGCACAGGCGGUGGCGCAGGGCGGCAGCUCCGCAGCAAACGCCGUUGCGCAGGGCGUGGCGCAGGCCCUGGGCGCAGGACAGGCCUCCGCCGCCGCAAACGUCCUGGCGGCCGCCACUGGCGGCGCCGGCGGCGGCAACAGCACUGCGUCCGCCGCCGCCGCGUCGUCCGCCAUCGCGCAGGGUCUGGGCGGCGGCGGCUCACAGGCCACGGCCACUGUGCAGGCGGUGGUGGAGGCGUACGGCUCGGCCAGCAACCCCGGCGCUGUGGCGGGCGCCACCGCUCAGGCCCUGGCGCAGGCGCAGGCGGCGGGCCCGGCGCAGGCGCAGGCAGCGGGUCGUGCCGUGGCUGCGGCGCUCACCGGCGGCGACAAGAGCAGUGCGACCGCGGUGUCGGCGGCCCUGGCCAACGCCACCAGCGGCGGCUGCGGCGGCGUGUCGCAGGUGCUGGCAGAGGCCAAGGCCUCCGCGGCCGCCUCCGGCAAGUCCUCCGCUCUGGCCCAGGCGGUGGCGGCCUCCAGCCUGCGCUGCCUGUAUCCCGAGUGCAGCCCCUUCUUCACGCCCGUGGACUGCUGCGGGGCCGGCAACGGCGCCAGCAUCAGCGCCGGGAAGUGCGGCUGCGUGGGCGGGAGCUUCUGCCGCUACAGCCUGGUGCGCGCCUCGCCGCCCACCUGGCAGUCCACCUUCGGCGGCCUCCCGGGGCAGGACACCAUCUGCGUGUGCGCCGCGGCCUAGGCGGCUGCUGGCGGCUGGCCACUGCUGCUACUGCUGCUACUGCUGCUGGCGAGCUAGCGGAAGAGUGGCAGCAAGCCUGCGGCAUAGUGUGGGCUUGGGAACAGCACGGCACGCACCAGCGCAUAGCAGUAAGCCCACACUAUCCACAUCUUUUGUAGUUUUGGGGGAAUUGACAGGCAUGGUAGACGGCGCCCCGUUGUGUUACUACCCUAUGCUACCCUAGGCUCGUGAUGCGGCGCAGGGUAGCAAAGCACAGGCAUGGUCUGACAAGCAUGAAGCUUGGUGCACGCAUUCGUGAGGACGACCGCGGAACGUGCGAGCCAUGCAAGCAUGAAGCGUGCUCGGUCCGUUGAGACUGAUGCGGCAUUGCAGCUGUUUCCAUGUCCCAGGCAUCCUGCGGGCGACAAGGCCGGACUGUGCAGGCUAUUGAGGCCAGUUGCUGUUGAGGCUAGGACAUUUGUAAAGCACAACGAUGUAAAGUUGAGGAUCUGCCGUAGUACUCCUCUUGUGCUACUACCUUGACCGUACUCAGGUGCAUGCUGGUAGCAGAAAACGCCGUAAAAGGACUUGAUAGCGAGUUUGCUCUGGGCACCGGUACGGUAUGUGGGACUUGCGCGCCGUCAGGCCUUCCUUUCACAAUACUGGCGGCUCGACACGGCUCGACACAGUGACACAACGUCGAAUGUUGGGAUGUCGCACGUCGGCACGUCGCAAAGCGCGGCGGUCUCAGCUCGGCCGUCAGGGUUACUGGGGGGGUCAGGGGGUCGGCAAGGUGCGAGGCCGCCCCAAGGACCCCACAGUCCUCACCCCAGACUUCUCGCCCCUGUGUUCCCACGUAAUAAACACCACAUUUGGGAGCUAUUACAAGGCUUUCUGGGCUGGCCAGGGUACAGGGGCCAGGUGGGUGCGGGGGGGGAUUAGGGGGGGGAUUAAGGGGGGUCGGUGAGGUUAGGGGCCAAAACACUGACGUAGGGCAACCUGACCAUGCCCAGCAACUUACAAGCUGCUACAUUCUUGCAUUCAGCGGAGUGCAUUGAUAGCAAAUUGUUCAAGCACAUCGGUAAUUGGUCCUGCCAGUGCUUGAUGAUGUAUGGGUCGGGUGCGUGUGGCAGGGACAAACCCUUGUCAAACAACUUGCACGCUGCUAUAAUCUCACAUUCAGCGGAGUAUAAUGGUAUUAUAUUGGUCAUUUGAUCCUGCCAGUGCUUGGCGAUGGGUCGGGUGUUGCUGGGAGGGAUGCGUGGAUGACCUGUAUGCUGCACCGCAACCGGCUGUUCUUUGGUGCGUGGAGGAAGAAUAGCAGGGAGAAGAUACGAUAGUACAUCACCUGCGGAUGUGCAUGUUUGUAGAUGUCUGGCAUGAUGGUAAAUGUUCCAGCUGAGCAGUCCAGUGUAGCGGGUGGAGUGCUGCGCGCGACUGUGUCCUGGUGCUGGUACGUGCGUUGUUAGUGACUGCACGUCGACGCCUGGAGUGGCGGAGGCCGCGGUUUCGAAGCCUUCCAGCA